CUCUGUCUCCAGUUGUAGGAUUUUGGCAGAGCUGGCCAUGAUGUUAUGGUUCGUGGUUGGUGCCCUCUUCCCAGCGCUGCUCCUGGCCGCACCGCCCCCCAUAAACAAGCUUGCCCUCUUCCCGGACAAGAGCGCUUGGUGCGAGGCGAAGAACAUCACCCAGAUCGUGGGGCACAGCGGCUGCGAGUCCAAGUCCAUCCAGAACAGGGCCUGUCUGGGACAGUGUUUCAGCUACAGCGUCCCCAACACCUUCCCUCAGUCCACGGAGUCUCUGGUUCACUGCGACUCCUGCAUGCCAGCCCAGUCCAUGUGGGAAAUCGUGACGCUGGACUGUCCAGGCAACGACGAGAUCCCCAGGGUUGACAAGCUGGUGGAGAAGAUACUUCACUGUAGCUGCCAGGCUUGCGGCAAGGAGCCGAGCCACGAGGGAGCCCUGUUCAACGUCUACCUGAACGCAGAGGAGAACAUGCCCGCUGAAGGUCCUAGCCCCCAUCACUAUGCCCACCACCAACAAGAGGUGGAAGAGCCUCCUGCCUCCAGCCACCACCAUCACGAGGAGGAGGGCGACGAGUGACUUGGCUCUCGUGGACUGUCCUUGCAGCCGGCGGCGCGGGCAGGGGGUGUGUGCGAGGGAGAGGGCCGGGGUUUGGGGAGGGAGGGGGGUGGUGAAGUCUUUGCUGUCUCAUAGCUACCCUCACGCUUUGCUCUCCACGACACCCUGGGGCUGGAGAGACGUUCUGAGGCACCAGCAGGGCUGAGGGGUGGCCGCGGGGCUGGAGCGGCAGGGUGAGGGCAGAGGACUCGGGGUUUUCUGAUGCAAAACUACUUGCACAUAAUAGUAAUAAUAUAUUGAGAGGAGCGGGAACCUGGACGAGGGGGCUUCGGCUGAGAGCAAGAGCUGAGCUGGGCUCCCCGGGAGCUGUCUGCAGGCUCCUGAACCUGCUGUCGAGCCCGUGCUGAGUCCUUCUGGGUUUUUCUCUUGCAAAUGGC